AUGGACCCCUACUACAAAGAGCACCAAGACCCCUAUGGUCCUGGCGAUGUGCGUCCUACAGCAUCACAUAUCAUAGCGGUUAAUGGUAUGCACGAUAAAUGGCAGGACAAGGUAGUCCUUAUUACUGGAGCUACCGGCGCCAUUGGUCUGGAAACCACCAUAGCUCUUCUUCGAACGGGUGCCCAUAUAUUCAUAACCGCACACAACGAAAACGAGGGCCAAGACGCGGUGGAAAAGAUCCUCAAUCGAUGUGGCCCCAAAGCGAGAAUCGACGUCCUGCCACUUCGCAUGGAAUCUCUUGAUUCGGUGAAGCAGGCGGCUGACGAGUUCCUGAGGCGCAGUCCUACUUUGAAUGUUCUGAUCAACAAUGCAGGGAUUCAUGAAGCCCCACAGGCUCUAACAAUGGAGGGAUUCGAAAGCCACUUCGGUAUCAAUCACCUGGCGCACUUCACUCUCAUCACGAAGCUCCUCCCCGCUUUGAAGGCCGGUAGUUCAAGUGCCUUUCAGUCGCGGAUUAUCCAGGUUUCCGAUGAUGCCCAUGACCUCAUGCCCGUUGACUUUGACGAUGUCAAUUUCGCAAAGAAGAGAUAUAUCCCGUUUCUGGCAUAUGCCCAGUCCAAGACGGCGAUGAUCUGGACCGCCAACUACGUCAAUACCGUGUACGGACCGGCUGGGGUGCACGCACUCUCGGUCAAUCCUGGCAAGGUGUUGUCAGGUCAUUACCAAUUUUUGGGACCUGAAUGGUCGACCUCGUUGACGGAUGGCAAGGGGGCCAAUAUGGUAAAGAACCCGAAGCAGGGGGCUGCAACCACGGUGUGGGCUGCUGUGGGGAAGGUCUGGGAGGGAAAGGGUGGAGUGUACCUUAGUGACUGUCGGUUAUCAAGGUGUCCACCAUGCUUCAUUGACGGCCUGGAAGGAUUCCAUAUGCGCUGGACGCAUGAUAGGAAGAAUGAGGAGAGGUUGUGGAGGUUGAGUUUGGAGUGCAUAGGGAUGGCAGAGCCCUUGAUUGAGGGCAUGACACCUAGCUCCCAUUGCAAUAUCCCAAACCUAGGUCUUCCGGUGGCGAUGGAAGAAUGA